CACCAAUACAUUUACUACUCCAGCGAAAAGAUUUUUUGUGGAAAAGUAAACGUUUUCUGUUCGAAAAAAAUUAUGGUGAAAACAAUUUAACACGCAAGAGAAACAAAAUAAAACCAAAUAAAUAUUAAAAUAUAAAAAUAAAGUCUCACACAACGUGUGAAAGUUGAAAACUUAAUUUAAUUUCGACAGAAAAACUAAAAUAAUAGAAAAAAAUAAAAUGUGCACCUCAUGAGAAAAGCAGUAAGCAAGCUAUGUAUACGCAGAUGAAAAAUAUUGUAUCGGUCCCAUUAUUCCAAUCCAAUAUGGUGGAAGCCUUGAAAUGUAUGCUGGCAUUUUCCUAAAUAAAUUCUUUUUUUUUUUUUGAAUUUUUAGCACCACAGAUACAAUUUAUUGUUUCAUUUAUAAAUGAAUUUCAGUAGAAAACAUUUGAUUAAAAUUAUUUUGCAGGAUUUUCCAUUAGGAAAAUUUUCAUCCGCAAUUUUGUUGGCAAAUCACACACCUUGCUCGAUCGGAAAACUUCUGAAAAAUCAGCCAUUUUGUCACCACCUCCACACAGACUGGUCGCGACUUGAGUGUGAAUAAAAAAAAAAAAGAAAAAAGAGUCGACGACUAUUAACUCUGUCCUUGUCGCUCUAACGCAUUUUCAUAUACAUUUUAUCGCGCUGGGUUUCAUGACAUGAGUGUGAUUUGAUGUGCCAUUGUGUGCGCGGAUGUAUUUGACGGCUUGCUAGUUCACGGGAUACGCGCGUCUCUUCACGUUACCUCUAGAUUUUGCUUAAUUUUUUCGGUAAAAAACGCGAAAUUAUUAAUAAAUCUAUGAAAAACUUAAAGUUAAGUGUUUGAAGAGUGAAAAUUUGAUAAAGUUCAAAAGUUUUGUGUGUGAUUAAAGCACGAAAAAUACAAUUGAAAAUCGUUUGCAGAAAGAAAAAGGAAACGAAAAGAAAAAAUUGUGUGCCCCUCUCUUCCAAUCGUUUUUUUUUUCGCCGCUGUUCACUCUCGUUCCCUUUCGUUGAAAUCUCGCUUUCUUCGCCGCGAAAGACAAGUUGAAAAGAGCGAAAACAUACAAUAUCCAUUGGUGUGGUUGAGAGGGAAAUAUGAAAAAUUGUGUUUCUUUUGCUGUUGUUUGUAUUUUAAACGUGAAGUGGUGAAGAAAAAGGAGUAAAUAAGCCGGUGGAAAUAGAGCCGCAUUAAUUUGACUUUGGAUUUAUUGACGAUAUCGAGAAUACACACAAAUACAUCCAGGCUAGAGAUUCCCCAAGGAUUCAUACUUCAAUGUUGCCGAAAAGUUGACUGAUAACUUUCAUAGUAAAGUUUAUGUUGCUUAAAAAAUUAAAAUGCAGUAUUUUUUGAGAAGACGAACUGCCUCCAGCACAGAGAGUAAAGCGCCAUAUUCUCUAAUUUUCUUUAAAACAAAUUCUCAUCAAAGGGUAAUUUAAAAACAACACCCAACAAAAAAAAAAAAAGCAAAAAUCUUUCCCCAAACAAGAAGUAGAAUAAUUUACAGAAAAGUACAACUAUAGGCGAGCAGACAUAACAAUUAAAAAAAAAAAAAUCAAUUAAAAAAGAAGAAAUUAAAAAAAAAAUAUUCUUUUUUUUGCUCUCCAAUUCAAAAACUUAUAAAAAGUCUAUUUGUCUAUCCACUUUUUCCCCCGACAACACAAUAAGAAUAAAUAAAAUUACUUCCCGAACAUGGACACAAAUAGCAGUAGCGGCGUAGCCGCAACAGGUGGCGGCACAGGUGGUGGCUGUGGCAGCAAAGAGCCACCACCACGCAAUGAACCGUACGUUGAUCCAAUCAACGGAAUUGUACAACCUCCAACGGUACCACCACCAGAUCGACCUGGUCGCAAUACUAAUCAGCUGCAAUACAUCAUAAAGACAGUGAUGAAAUCAAUUUGGAAACACCAAUUCUCAUGGCCAUUCCAACAACCAGUCGAUGCGAAAAAACUUAACCUGCCCGACUAUCAUAAGAUUAUUAAACAGCCCAUGGAUCUUGGCACAAUUAAGAAGCGUCUGGAAAACAAUUACUAUUGGACGUCGAAUGAAUGCAUUCAGGACUUCAAUACUAUGUUCACCAACUGUUAUGUGUACAAUAAGCCGGGUGAAGAUGUCGUUGUGAUGGCUCAGACGCUAGAGAAGCUUUUUCUCACUAAAAUCGAGGCAAUGCAAAAGCCCGAAGUUGAGUUAGAGCCGGUAACACCGAAGGGUGCUAAGAAAAAACCUCGUGCUCCAGGUAAAGUACCCGCGACUCCAGGCAGUGGUUUGCUGCCAACUCCGAGUAGCGCUGGACGAGGACGACCCUUGUCGGCUUUGGGCGGUGGAAUGGCUGUAUCAUCGACUGCUGGUGGAGCUGUAACACCGUUGGGUGCGACAACAGUUCCAAGUGUUCCGCCAGUUGGUAGGGUGCCACAUCAUUCCUCUGGGAAUACAAAAAACUCAACUGUUACUGGAGUUGCAGGUUCGACGUUGCCGACCGGUGUUGCCGGAAGUGGAGCGGUACCUUCGGCGGUAGGCGCAACAUCAGCAGCUGUUGGUGGAGCUGCUUCGAAUGUAUUACCGGCAGGAGCAGCCUCUGGAGCAAAUGCAUCGCACAAUUCCCUGGGUGGUGGCUUAGCAACUGGAGCACCACCGGCAUCAACUGGCAGUAGUCUGGUGAAUUCCAACUUAAUGGAGAACUCGGCUGCCGCAGCAGCAGCUGCACAUGCGGCUGCUGCAGCCGCCUACCAUGUAAAUAGUACUCAACCAGGCGCUCUCGAUACAGUGAUACCACCUCAGCAGCCAGCCAAAAUGAAGAAAGGUGUGAAACGAAAGGCAGACACAACUACGCCGACUGCUAAUGCUUUCGAAUCGCCGUACCCGUCGAUCGACUCGAAAAGCGCUAAAAUUGCGACGCGUCGCGAAUCAUCCAGACAGGAACUAACAUCGUUCCAGUCAUCAACGUAUCCAAUGUCCCCACUGAGCGGUACACCUGGUUCGGUUCCGAAAAAUAAAGAGAAGCUUUCGGAUGCUCUAAAGUCAUGCAAUGAAAUUUUAAAAGAGCUCUUUUCCAAAAAGCACUCUGGAUACGCCUGGCCCUUCUAUAAGCCGGUUGAUGCUGAGCUGCUUGGCUUGCACGACUAUCAUGACAUUAUCAAAAAGCCAAUGGAUCUGGGAACGGUGAAGCGAAAAAUGGACAAUCGCGAGUACAAGAGUGCGCCCGAGUUUGCCGCUGAUGUACGACUUAUAUUCACCAACUGUUACAAGUACAACCCACCAGAUCAUGAUGUCGUUGCAAUGGGUCGCAAACUGCAAGAUGUCUUUGAAAUGCGAUAUGCGAAUAUACCCGAUGAGCCAGUUGCGAAUGCACACACGCAUGGAUUCUCUAAAAAUGAAACAGAUUCCUCUUCGGACGAGUCGAGCGACACCGAAAACGAGUCUAACUCGGAUGAGGAAAGAAACGCAAAGUUGAAAACGCUCGAAGCAAAGCUGCUUGAACUUCAAGAAGAGAUGCGGCGGCUCAUGGAAGAAGCAUCGAAUAAGAAAAAGGCAAAGAAAAAGAUCAAGGAGAAGAAAAAGGGUGGAGGCAACAGUGGAGGACCUUCUGGCGUGGGUGGCAUUGGUGUAGGUAUGACGAGCGGUAUGGCUGGCGCCCCAGGUGGUGUUGACCUAGGAAAAGUUCCCGGUGAAUUGCAUCAUGGUCAUGCACUGGUGACUGCUCACGGUAACCAGGGUAAAGGUGGAAUGAGCGGACCUGGUGCCGCCGGGGCACUCAAUGCGGCGCUGGCUGGAGCCGCUGGCAUGGCUGGAGCUAACGCGACGGGCGGCGGUGCUGCUGGUGCGGCCAACACUAAAGGUGCUAAGGUUAAGGGCCAACGUGGUCCAAAGGCAGGAGGAGCUGGAGCUGGUGGACCCGGUGCCAGUGGACAGCCAAACAAACGUGGCAAGGCAAAUGCAACUCCAGGAGGAGCUCCGCGAGGCGCCAACAAAAAGAAACCAAGCCAAGUGAUGAACUUUGACUCUGAGGAAGAGGACACCGCCAAGCCGAUGUCUUAUGAUGAGAAACGACAGCUAUCACUGGACAUAAAUAAGUUGCCAGGCGACAAACUUGGUCGGGUAGUCCACAUCAUUCAGAACCGAGAACCAUCGCUGAGGGACUCAAAUCCAGAUGAAAUUGAAAUCGAUUUCGAAACCCUUAAGCCAUCAACUCUACGCGAGCUGGAAAGCUAUGUGGCAUCAUGCCUUCGUAAAAAAACUCGUAAGCCUUACUACAAGAAAAUUUCUGGAAAAUCUAAAGACGAACAAAUGGCAGAGAAAAAACAAGAAUUAGAAAAAAGGUUACAAGAUGUAACUGGACAACUGGGCACGGCUAAGAAAGCAGCCAAAAAAGACGAAUCAUCGAAUAAAGUCGAUGUUGUACAACCAAAUCGCCUGUCAUCAAGUUCUAGCUCUAGUGAUUCAUCGUCGUCCAGUUCGAGCGACAGCAGUUCUAGCGAUUCAAGUGAUAGCGAAGCAGGUGAAGCCGGUCGACCACCCAGAAAGAAAAAAUCAAAGGACGCCAUAAUAUCAAUAAACUCUCUAAUGCCCCCUACAACGACGACCACAACAACAGCAGCAUCAAUGCUGGCUUCACAACUCCAACAGACACCAACAAUAAUAACAGCAGCGACAUCACAGAAUACACAAAUGCCUGUACUUCCGCCAAUAAUAUCAUCAACGUCCGCCACAACAACAACUUCUACGAUAUCACCAAUCAUUCUACCACCCGCAUCCACUACAACAACAACUCAAAAUAAUAAUAUCAAUAUGAACAGUUUAAAUAAUCCAAACAACAACAAUAAUAACAACAACAAUAGUAACAUAAACAAUAAAUUAGGAAAUUUUUCAACUAACAAUAGCAAUAGUAGUAGUCUUACAACAACAAUUUCAUUACCAAAUCCAUCACCAACGUUGCAUAAAACAUCAACAGCAUCGACAACAGCCCAAAAUACUAACAAUAAUUUGGUGAAUACCCCGAUUACACCAUUGUUAAAUAGUGGUGUCAAUCCGAUGCAACAAAUGUUUGUGGGGUCAUCUUCGCAAAUGAUAAGCAAUAAUAAUAGUAAUAGUAGUAGCAGCAGCAGCAGCAGCAGUGGGGGCAGUGGUAGUAGUAAUAGCAAUGGACCAAAUGAUUUGACAAAAUCGACAUCUUCGUCGCUUGUCACUGUGACUCCAACGACAUCAACAACUUCAGUGCAACAGCAAAUGCAGCAGACACCAUCUUCGUCGACGGCAUUGGCAUUAUCCUCCUCCCAAUCCCAAUCUUCCUUCAUGUCUACAUCAACAUCACAAAUAAAUUCCACCCAUCAACAACAACAACAACCAAAUAUGAUUAUGAGCAGUGGUGGGGGUGGUGGCAUCAGAGUUGCGAGCAAUCUGCAUAAACUAACACAACAAUCCAGUUUGAUGGCAAACACGCAACAGACUUCUGCAUCCUCAUCAACAUUUCAACAUCAACAGCAUCCACACCAGCAACAGCAGUCGAUUCCAAUGGGUGGUGGUGUUGGUGACAAUUUAGUGAGUGAUCUCUCGCUGGGUCACCUUACACAUCAUCCACAUUUGGGUCCAUUGCCGCAGCCACCACCGCCAACCACGCAAUCUGUACCAAUGCUUGGACUCUCUGCGGGUCUCAAACAAAUCCCACAGUUUGAUGACCCAGUUGAACAGUCUCUUGCUUGUCUUGAACAGCCAAUGCUGGCAGCGAUGGGUCAACAUCAUAUGAACUCCGCACAACAGCAGCAACAACACCAUAUGGAGAUGGUGUCAGAACUCCUGGCAAAGACGGAAUCUGGAAUGAAUGGCAACCAUUUUCCAUUGAUGCAACAUCUCGGCCUAGAAUACAACAAUCAUCUUUCGAUGGCAGCAGCGGCAGCAGUUGCAGCAGCACAUGGCAUGCAUCACAAUAAUGGUUAUGUGAGUGUAGCUGAUGGAGGCGCAGGUACUGGAACUAUGUUGGAUAGCUCAGCCGCUGGUAAUGGAAUGCACAUGGGUGGUGGCGGCAUGGGUGGAAUGCAUCACCCUCCACCCGCUGCACCACCUGUUUCUGCAGCCAUGAACAUGGGAUCGAUUUUUGAUUUGCCUCCAAAUAUGGGUGGCAGUAUAUCGGCGGCUGCUGCAGCCAUGAUGAUGGGUGGCGGUGGUGGUGGAGGAGUUGGGGGAAGUCAUCCCAAUCUUGCAACAACCAAAAAAGAUGAUAGUGGCAAGCCAGCAAUGUUGAUUACGCCAAAGCCAAUCGAGUCGAUGAUGCCUAGUCCGCCAGAGAAAAAAAUGAAUCAGCAACAGCAGCCUACACAGCAAUCACCAACUGCUGAUUCGAAGGGUGGUGGUGGCCCAAAUACUGGUACAAACUUUGCGCAAGCUUUCAAAUCAGCACAUGAGCAAAAUUUAAAGAAUGCUAGUUCAUGGUCGUCAUUGGCUUCGGCAAAUUCACCACAAAACACACCAACAUCGAAAGUGAAACCCGCCAUGGACUCGUUCCAGCAGUUCCGUAACAAAGCGAAAGAAAAGGCAGAUCGAUUAAAAUUGCUAGAACAACAAGAGUUGAAACGAAGUCAGAAGGAAGCUGCUGAAAAGGAACAAAAGCGACAGCAGGAACAACAGCAUAAGCAAAAAGGAGAUGUGGAUAGUGGAAGGAAAAGUACACAUGAACCACAACCACCACCACCUCCAGCAGCACGAUUGGAGGACAUAAAAGCAUCCCCACAAGGUUGUGGGUCACCUGGUUCACAGCAAUCACCACAGGAUAGAGCGGCAAUUCGUCGUGCCGAGCUAAGAAGAAUGGAACAAGAUCGGCGAAGGCGAGAAGCGCUGGCGGGUCAAAUAGAUAUGAACAUGCAGAGUGAUUUGAUGGCAGCAUUUGAAGAGUCGCUUUAAUUAGUUUAAGUUAUAUCUCCUAGAACCGAUACAAUGCAUAAACUUCUUUAAAAAAAAACACACACACACAUACACAAUCUAAUCUAUCUUAACAAAUCAACACAUUGUUUAUUAAAUUUGCGAAAAACACACACAACUAACACAUACCAAUAAUUAUUGAACCACAAACUUUAUUAGAUACAUAUUAAUUUUAUUUUACUGAUAAAUAAUUAUAUAAAUAUUAUAAUUGUUUUUUUAAAUGGACUUAUCUAUUUCAAAAUAGAUAUUUAUUGUUGUAUUUUUGUUAUAUAAAAGAGAAAAAAUAAUAUUAUGUAAUAAUAAGAAAAUGGCGAUAAAUUAUUUAAAGAAAAAAAGAAAACAAAAGCAGACACACAAUCUUUUUACUAUUUUCCAGGCAAAGAAAAACUACAGAAACAAAAAAAAAUUAAAUUUUUACUUUUGAAGAUCUGAACUACUAUAACAAGAAGAAGAACAUUUUAAUAAAGUAAACCACCGACAGGGGUCUCUCCAUUUUUUUAAAUAACAAAAUGCGUAGUUGAAACGGACAAAAAAUCUAAAAAAAAAAUUAUAAAUAUAUUUAUAAAUUCAUUGUUUUGUAUAGAUAAAAAGUAAACUUUGAAAUCCACUUUAAAGUUAAAAAAAAAAAAACAAAAACCGAUAGUACUGGCGACUUUUCCUUAAACAAAAG